AUGUCCUCCACCACUGAAGAUCAGCCUAUGACGUCGUCGCUACCGGAGCACCAUGCUUCCGCUUUCGGGCAGCUUGUCACCGGUCCUCCUGGUGCGGGCAAGUCCACCUACUGCCAUGGCAUGUACCAGGUAAGCAUUGAAGCUUUCGACGGAGCUAACAGACAGUUCCUCACAGCUCUUGGGCGUCCCGUGAAGGUCAUCAAUCUCGACCCCGCUGUCACUGAUCCCCCGUAUCCAUGCGCCGUCUCCAUCACCGAGCUCAUCACCCUGCAAGAGGUCAUGGACGAGUAUGGCCUGGGUCCAAAUGGUGCCAUGCUGUACUGCAUGGAGUACCUGGAGGAGAAUUUUGACUGGUUGCUAAACCGUCUGGACGAGGUGCUGGCAGGCGAAGGCGGUAACGGCUACAUCAUUAUCGACACGCCUGGUCAAGCGGAGCUGUGGACGAACCACGACUCCCUGAAGCACAUCAUCCAGAAGCUCCAGAAGCUCGACUAUCGACUGGCCGCGGUGCAUUUGACGGACGCGCACGCCAUUACAGACCCGAGCAAGUACAUCGCUGCUGUGCUGCUGGCUCUGCGCGCCAUGCUUCAGCUGGAGAUGCCUCACAUCAACGUUCUCAGCAAGAUCGACACAAUCGGCGGUUUUGGCGAGCUUCCCUUCAACCUCGAGUACUACACGCAGGUGCAGGACCUUGGCUACCUAUUGCAGACGCUUCAGGACCAGCCUCGCGCCGGCGGGAAGAAGAUGAAGAAGCUCAACGAGGCUAUGGUCGAACUCAUUGAGGACUUUAGCCUGGUCGGCUUCGAGACGCUUGCGGUCGAGGACAAGCAGAGCAUGAUGCACCUUGUGCGCGUCAUCGACAAGGCGACGGGCUACAUCUUCGUGCCCCUCGACGGAUCAACGACGGACGACAACAUGCACGCGCUGUUCUCGACGGCAGCCCGGCCCAUGGACUAUGACGUGAACGACGUGCAGGAGCGCUACAGCGCGGAGAACAAGGAGGCGUACGACAAGUUCCAGGAGGAGCAAUGGGAGAAGGAGUGGGCAGCGCGCCACCAAGCCGAGGCGAUCAAGAAGGCGAUGCUCGGCCAGCAGGCGCCGCAGGAGGGUGACGCCGCCGAACACGACAACGCGGACGCACAGGAAAACCCGCGCAGCGGGCGCGUCCAGAUCCGACCUAGAGACUUCUCGGACGAAAUAGACUAG